UACAGAAAAAAAGCCCAAAUAAAUUUGCUGGCCGUGCCAUUGUUUCAUACAAAAUCAUACUGACCGUACAGUUCCCAGAACCCAAAUAUCCUUUAAAAAAAAAAAAAAAAAGCUUUUGGGGUUAUGGUUUACUUUGGCUGUGCAGUGUCCUCCAAAGAACUUCCCCUGUCAUUUUAAUUUUGGAUAAUUUACUAUUUUUUGUUUCGCUUUCUUUUUGGUCUCAAUUUUAAGUCAUUAAAAUGGGAAAGAGAAGGGCAAGCUCCCAACAUCUUAAUCAUCAGAAUCUCCACCUUCCUUCUUCUUCGGUUUUAGGUACAUGAAAAAUGUUCGAAAUUUGCAGGCAUGCCAUGCUCAUCGGGAACAGAGUUAUUAUCCAACGAGCCUUCAUUCAAUUUGGAUGCUGGCAUGGAUGUUAGAGAUGGUUCAAUGAAGCUACUAAAUCCCAACUCUUCAGUUGGUCAACGCCAUUACAAUUUCGGGCGUUCGAUAUUUUCAAAACGAUCACGCCGUUACUAUGACCAGCAUUACCAAUUCCAAAACUUUGGCAACCAUUCUAAUCCAUCAACUUCUCGUGCCAAGAUUAGUCCUUUACAUGAUGAGAGGUUGUCGUUCAAGUUCACUGAUUCCAGCCAAGAGCCUGGACGCCAAUCAGAUGGUAGACAAAAAGCGUUCGGCAGACCCGAAAGGAUUAGGUCCAGUUUGUUGGUGACGGAUCCGGUAUCACCUGACAAGGUGAAGAUGAUUUGUGGCCUAUGCCAAAAGCAUCUGAGACGGAAACCGUGUUUUCUCGGAAAUACCCUGGCUUCUACUGAAUUCUCUGUCGUGGCAGUUCUAGUUUGCGGGCAUGCAUAUCAUGCAGAUUGUUUGGAAGGGAGAACGAGUUUCGAGAACAGGCGUGACCCACCAUGUCCUUUAUGUUCAGGUUCCCCAUCACAAGUUUGAUGGUUCGAACAAGAAAGAAGUGAUUAUGCAUAUAGAUGUCCACAUAAAAUUUAUCAUACUAAAUUUCUGAAAGUAUUAUAGGAAAUGAAUGUAGGCUGUUUGUUAUGAUGAAAGGUGAAGGUUUACACAUUAGGAUCUUAACCAGGUAUUUUGUAUUUUGCUAAGAUUAGAGCUAGUUUAGUACACUGAAGGCUUUUCUUCUUGUACCUUAAAACCUAUUACAGUGAAGGUUUACAAAUUAGGAUCUUAACCAGGUAUUUUGUAUUUUGUAUUUUGAACAACAAGACAUCAGUAAUGGCAUGCAAACGAAGCAAGUUAUUAGAAA